ACCUACAUAGAUACAAUACAUGAGAUUACCAAUAGUAUGUAAUAAGACUUGUUAUGUACAUAUAUACUAUACUUAAUAGACACAGUCUCACCGUAUUAUCAAAUGUCGAACCUCGAGGUCUUAUCAACGUGCCUACCUAUAUACAAAUAAACUAUUUGCUUAUCACUGUCUCCGCUAUUGGUGUACGGAGUCGAUAGAUAACCAUGCACAUGGCCGCGUUAAACUGUUGCUUUAUUUAUUGUGGUGAUAUUGUGUAAUUGCGUUAAAUUAAAUUAUAAUGAUUACAAAAUUAUUGUAAAUUAUUGGUCGUCUAGAAAAAUAUUUUUUUAUGUUUAAAUCUCCUCACAUUUAAGCAUAAUGGGUGAUGAUCAAUCAUUCGUAAAUAGUUACCCCAGUGUGCAACCUCCACCCGAUGAAGGAGUAAUUUCAGUGGAUGUCUCAAGAGACGCGCUAGUUGACUCUAUGACCGACAUGUCGGAAACUCCAAUUCCACCUGAUAUUAUUACGUCUGUUGUUACAACUACAGAGAAUGAGGAUGAGAAUGGAAGAUUAACCCUAGCAUAUGAGAGGCUCUAUGAAAUACCAAAAACUAUUGUGGAAAGGUUUUCUGACCACAUCAAGUACCUGGAUAUAAGUCAUAAUAAGAUUACAAACCUAGAUGCUUUGGUAUACUUCAAAAGCCUCACGUCACUGAUAGCUGAUGACAACCCACUCACAGAAAACUGUUGCUUGCCUCCGCUGCCAAAACUAGAGCUGUUGUGGUUGAAUCGUUGUAAGAUAGCAUCCUUGUACCCAUGGGUGGGUAAGCUGAAGGAGUCAUGUCCUAAUCUCCAGUACCUGUCCCUGAUGGGAAACCCCGCUGCGCCCAGUUAUUUCAAUGGAGGCACUUUCUACGAGUACCUACAAUACAGACUUUUCGUAAUAUCCCAGUUCCCGUCUCUAAACCACUUGGACGAUCGCAGGGUGACAGAAGACCAGAGACUUGAGGCUCAAAGGCUUUACAAAAGACCGUUCUUCGAAAGAAUGGUGAAGCCAGCCGGUCUUUCGCAGAUUGUGAACACAUCAGUCACAUGGAACACCUUCCAGAAUAAGAUUAACAACUUUCUCGGUAAGGAUAAACAGGGUAACCGGAAUUUGUUGAUAUAGUAAAAUAGACCUUAAGCGUUCUGUUAUAGAGUUGAAACAGUAGUAAAGUCGGAAUUGCUUAGCUAACUGUUCGUAAUAAAGCGGUGUAGUGCAAUUUAGUUGUGUAGGAGUUAUGAUGAUACUUUUGUUUUCUGAUGGGGCUAUUGUUUAUAAGCCAACACUGAAGACAAAUUCAGGCAAUUGAACAACAGAUGGCGCGCUUAUCAAAUAUUCAAAUCGUGGGCCAUUUUGCUCUCAUUACGGUAACCCAGUUUCUCCUUCAUAAUUGAACUCCGAAAAUUAUGUUUGACAGUAGUUUGUUCGUUAUAAUAUUUCAAGAACAACUUAUACCUGGAAACGUAUUUGAUUUUUCGCUGUAGUAUCUAAUUAGGUGUAGUGUCUAAUACAUACAAAAUAAUAGUAUUUUUUGAGCCCUUCCAAUGUAUGAACUUCAACUAAAAUAACUUGGAAAACGUACCGUAUAAUACAGAUCUAUUCAUCAAAUCGCAAGUAACAUCUCCAUGCUUUUUUCGCUUAGAACUAAAUUCGCCUGAUUAUAAACACGAACCCAAAUGUAUAGACAAUUAAAAAGCUUCGCAAAGUUAUACUAUCUGAAAUCUCUUACUAUUGAGAACAAGUCUGAAAAUCAGACUUCAAAUGAAGGUUGUUAAUAACUAUCCUGCCAAAAUAUUUCUAAAUCUUUGUAGUUGAAUAAUAUUAAUCUUUAACGGUCUAAGCUAUAAGUAAGUAUAAAAUUACAUAAAAAAUUUCUUAAAACUCGACUGCAUUUUUUUAUUGUAUUUAUAAAAAAAAUAUUUGUUGAUAUCCAAUUUCUUAUGUACUAUCAAUAGAUAAUAAGUAUGUUUGAUUAUUAGGAUAAAUCUAACAAUAUACAUUGAAUAUGUUAAAGUCAUAUCCCCUGUAUAAGCUACAAUCUUUCUUCACCUUUCCUUACUUUACUUAUCCCAAGUUAUUCGAGGUCGAUACAAUAAAACCUUUUUUCCAUUCUUCCUUAUUAGACCUCAUUUUAUCAUCAACUCCUUUCUCCUUCAUAUAAUUCUUUAUACAAACCAUCUGUUCUUAAUUUGAAAUCUUCCCCGACAUCCUUGUACAUGAUUUUAUACAUGUAUAAUUAUGUAAAUGUAUAUUUUAUUUAUAAGUUAAUCAUACACACUUGAUAACCAUUAACUAACUUUCUUCCAACAGCAGUCGGGUAUGAAUAGCUUCUAAACUUUUCAUAAAAAUUCCAAACUAUAUUAUAAAUUGUGAUACUUUAUCUAUAUCGAAUAAAUUUACUAUCUGUUACUAUACUUUAAGGUUUAAAAUAAUAUACAUGACACAUGUUAUAUCUUGUUUUCGUAUUUUAUUAAAC